AUGAGGCUACCCAUUGCCACCCUCCUCUUUGCCGCGGCAUUGGCCUCGGCAACUGAGAUCUCCCAAGAGGUUCACCAGCGAGACGUCGAUUCCCUCCCUGAACUGGCUGAGAAACGAGAUGUUCUUUCCCCCAAUAUCUUGGAGAGAGCCCCUGAGCCAUCCCCCCAGUCCAUCUUCGCCUGGGCACUAAGCCCCCGCAGUCCCGCUGCUGCAAAGAAAGCUGCUGCCCCUGCUAAGAAGGCUGCCGCUCCCGCUAAGAAGGCUGCCGCUCCUGCGAAGAAGGCUGCUGCUCCCGCUAAGAAGGCUGCUGCUCCCGCUAAGAAGGCUGCUGCUCCCGCUAAGAAGGCUGCUGCUCCUGCGAAGAAGGCUGCUGCUCCCAAGAAGUCUGCCGCCACUAAGAAAGCUACCCCUGCUAAGGCUGGUCCUAAGCAGGCCGCUUCAAAGAAGGCCACCCCCAAGAAGGCCGCGGCCGCCAAAAAGACCCCUGCUAAGUCUGCCUCCAAGAAGCCUGCUGCUUCCAAGAAGGCUCCUGCAAAGGCUGGUGCUAAGAAGACCCCCGCCAAGGCUGGAGCUAGCAAGAAGGCUUCUGCUUCCAAGAAGACUCCUGCUAAGACUGGUGCCAAGAAGCCAGCUGGCGGUAAAAAGACUCCUGCUAAGGCUGGUUCGAAGAAGCCUGCUGCUUCCAAGAAGACUCCUGCUAAGGCUGGCGCCAAGAAGACUACCACCAAGGCUGGUGCUAGCAAGAAGACUGCUGGUUCUAAGAAGGCCCCCGCUAAGGCCGGUGCUAAGAAGGCCUCUUCAAGCAAGAAGACUCCCGCCAAGGCGGGCGCCAAGAAGCCAGCUGCUGGUAAGAAGGCUUCUGGUUCUAAGAAGACUCCCGCAAAGGCUGGUGUGAAGAAGGCCGCCGGCAAGAAGACACCCGCUAAGGCUGGUGCCAAGAAGGCCGCGGCUGGCAAGAAGACUCCCGCCAAGGCUGGUGCUAAGAAAUCUGCUGCUGGAAAGAAGAACCCCUCGAAGGCUGGUGCCAAGAAGUCUGCUGGCAAGAAGGCUCCUGCUAAGGCUGGAGCCAAGAAGACAGCUGGCAAGAAGGCUCCUGCUAAGGCUGGAGCCAAGAAAGCUGCUGCUGGCAAGAAGACGCCUGCUAAGGCCGGUUCGAAGAAGGCUGCCGGCAAGAAAUCCGUCGCCAAAGCUGGUGCUAAGAAGACCGCUGGCAAGAAGGCUCCUGCUAAGGCUGGAGCCAAGAAAGCUGCUGCUGGCAAGAAGACGCCUGCUAAGGCCGGUUCGAAGAAGGCUGCCGGCAAGAAAUCCGUCGCCAAAGCUGGUGCUAAGAAGACCGCUGGCAAGAAGGCCGCGACUGGCAAGAAGAGCCCUGCUAAGGCUGGUUCCAAGAAAGCUGCUGCCGGCAAGAAGACUCCCGCCAAGUCUGGUGCUAAGAAAUCUGCUGCUGGAAAGAAGAACCCCUCGAAGGCUGGUGCCAAGAAGUCUGCUGCUAGCAAGAAGACUGCCGGUGGAAAAAAGGCUCCCGCCAAGGCCGCUGGAAAGAAGGCCGGGACUAAGAAGACUCCUGCUAAGACUGGCAACAAGAAGACCACAGCCAAGUCUGGUAGCAAAAAGACCGCCGCUGGCAAGAAGGCCGGUGCCAAGAAGACUCCUGCUAAGCCUGGUAACAAAAAGGCCACCGCCAAGGCUGGAAAGAAGUCCACUGCUGGCAAGAAAUCCGCCGCUGGAAAGAAGGCUGGUGCCAAAAAGACCCCUGCCAAGUCCGCCAGCAAGAAGACUGCUACUAAGACUGGCAACACGAAGACCACCGCCAAGUCAGGUGAGAAGAAGGCAGCCGCCAAGUCUGGUGGAUCAUGCCGCUUUGGGCGUCGAGAUGAGGACGGAGCAUGCGCUCUCCCAGGCGCCGGUGACAAGAAGGACGACAAGAAGCCACCACCACCAACGGAAGAGAAAACCGCCAGCUACGAGAAGCUCGAGAAGGCGGCCGGAAGCAGGACCCUCCAGGAUGGCCAGAGAUACAUGAUGAAGGAGAAGAGCCCGGGUCUCUUGAAGCACCACAAGGUCAUUGAUGGAACCGUCACCCACACAGAGGACAAGGCCAAGAACACGGUCACAAAGGACUUUGCCAACACCGAGUACCACCAUCUCACAUACGAUGAUUCGACCGGCAAACAGGUCAGCUCGGUCACUCACGGCGCUUGGGACGGAAACCGCCCGAGCAAGAACAGCUAUUCAUUCAAGGGCAAGGUCAAGAAGGCCUACAACUUCCAAAAGGCCGGCGAUGCAUUCCUGAAAGACAAGGGCACUGACUACAACUUGUUGGCCAACAUUCCUUGCACCAGCGGUGAGAACUGUCAAACUUAUGCAAGCCAUGCUAUCAAGGACGCCAAGGAGAAGAGGGCCUUGAUCCGGGAAUUGAAGGCUAGAGGCCUGCUGUGA